CAGACACUCGGUGCACAUCUGCCUCGCAGCACCGCUCGCCCUGGGUCUGUCCGGAUCAUGAGUCAAAAGAAGGAUCGUCUGCAUAGGACCCUUGGCGACAUCCUCGACGGCCACGGCGACGAGAGCCUGGGGAAUGCCCUCGACCAGGUUGCGAAUGCCUACUCGAACGACGGCAACGACAGCGACAGCGACGAUGCCGACAUGGGCAGCAGCGCCAAAAGGCCACCCACGGGCUUCUGUAUCGAGUGCGAAGACCAGCCGGCCUUCUUCAGCUGCGAGCAAUGUGCAGACGACUUUUGCGAGGUCUGCUACACGGCGCAGCAUCGCAAGGGCAGCCGCAAGAUGCACAAGGCGAAGCGUCUCGGACCCGAGCCCAAGCGCUCGACUUCGGGGGACAAGAAGGCCGAUUCCUCUCAGAAUGCCGACGACGACAGUGAAUCGGAUGAAGUCAUGGCCGACUCGGGCGUAUCGGUGUACACAUCGGACCGCAAGCUUCCAAAGGGCUACUUCUUGGAGCGAUCCAAGUACAUUCCUCUCCGUUUGACGUACGAGGAGCGCAAGUACUUGCGCCUGCUCGAAGCUGCCCUCAACGUCAGCGAGUACACGGACCGCAUCGACAUUCUGUCGUACUCCAACAAGAGCAGGCGCAUCGUUGGCCAGAUCAAGGAGUUGUGCUCGAUCCUCAGCGGCCUCGUCAUGGCCGCCGACUACAAGACCGGACAGGAGCUGUUCGAGAACCGCGCAUUCGAGGAAAAUGCCGAGUUCUACCAGAAAAUAUUCGAGCUCGGGCGACGACACAAGAUCAUGAAUCCCGAGAAGAUGCGCGCCACCUAUGGCAAGCUCGUGUACAUGCUCCAAGAUUCACAGAUCCCCGAAGUCAAGGAGAUACUCCAGUUUGACUGCGUCACCGAUAUCAAGUCUGUCUACGCCCAUCUCUCGGCCCACGACGGACUCGCGCUGCUGGAGGACGACUUGAUCAACAUUGCCACGAUGGAAAUCGUUCCCGAGGGCAAGCUCCGUCACCAGAUCCAGAACGAGAUCAAGCAGAAGGAGCGAGCCAUCGAGGUACUGGCGAGGAAAUACGCCCGCGGUGACCUCACGGCGGAUGGAAUCAAGCAGUGUCUCUACAGCAUUGGCGACAACCACGCCUUUUUGCGAACGAACCGCGAUCCGUGCGAGAAGAUGAUUGCUUAUCUCAAGGAAUACUUUGACCCCGAGAACUGGGAAAACGGCCUGUCCCUGGCCAUUUCGUCCGGUCGGGGCGGCGCCCGCCUUUCCCACGACCACAGCAAGCAGUAUCAAUAUGUUUUGCAGUCCCUGACCCUCUGGCGCGAAAUCCUUCAUGACAUGUUCAUGCUAUGGUGCCUUUCGGAAGAUGAUUUGCUGAGCGAGUCGAACCCGUAUCGUCUCCGCGACACUGGACAGGGCCUGAAUCGUGUGCAAGCCGCUCCGCGCGUCUCGAGGACGAUGCAUAUGAUCCUCAAUCGCGCACAGCAAAGAGUCGAGCGCUGGAUCGGCUCCUCGGUGAUCCAUCUUGGUGACCAUAAUGUUCCCAAUGCCUUGAUGUUUAUCGACAAAUACACGCAGGUCUAUCGCAUCCUGCUGCCCAUCGUCAACGCACUGGAGCACAUCGAUGAGGUCGCUAGCCACCGUGGGUUGGACAAGUACAUCCAGGAGACAUUCAAGGGCCCCGAGCGCCUCAAGAAGGAGAUUCUGUGCGACUUUUUCCGCCAUGCCUUUGAUGGCUCUGGUGCCGACAACUUCUUUGAUGCUGGAUCAUGCAUUGACGGACGACUGACCUCUGCAUGGAACUGGUGCUCCAAGUUGGAAAAGAAGCCCUACUUUCACGUUUUCUUGCUGACUGGAUUCGUCGGCUUCGACGGCCGCUUUGAAUAGAGCCGGGUGUUGUUGCGGUUGCCAUUGCUGUUGCGGCUGUGUCGCCUCUGCAGAAGGUACAAAAUGGCCUUGGCCACAGGCUUGCUUAGACCAGGAUGAUACGAGCAUCAGCCACGAAUCGCAGGCAGCCAUGACAGGACAAACCGAUGUCAAGAGGAGAUAGAGGUGAAGCCGUGUGCUUCGCUCGGUUCUGUUUGGCUUGAUUCGAGAGGAUGAUCGAAAUAACAAGACCACUUCCCCCCUACUUUCGGGGAUAUUGCAAA